AUGGCUCUCCCUAAGACAUACAAGCAGGCAGUUUUCAAGGAGAAGGGGGCGGCUCUCACUCUGGAGGAUGUCGAGCUCAAACAUCCUGGUGCGGGCGAGCUGCUGGUGAAGGUGGAGGCUUGCGGUGUGUGCUUUUCCGACAUGUUCGCCCAGCAGAACAUCAUGGGCGGUGGUUUCCCCCUGGUUCCCGGACACGAGAUAAUCGGGCGCGUUGCUGAGGUGGGCGCAAAUGUGUCGGGUUGGAAGGUCGGUGACCGUGUCGGUGCUGGGUGGCACGGCGGACACGACGGCUCCUGCCAUGCAUGCAAGAAGGGGUGGCACCAGAUGUGCGACAACCAAGUCAUCAACGGCGAGACCAAGUCAGGGGGUUACGCCGAAUACGCUAUUCUUCGCUCCGAGGCGACUGCCUCUAUUCCUGAGCAUAUCGAUGCGGCCAAAUACGCGCCCAUCCUGUGCGCGGGCAUGACGUGCUUCAACAGCAUGCGCCACAUGGACGUGAGCCCCGGCGACACAGUUGCCGUUCAAGGGCUCGGCGGCCUGGGCCAUCUGGCCAUCCAGUACGCCCGCCGAAUGGGCUUUCGCGUCGUGGCAAUCUCGCGCGGAGCCGGCAAGGAAGAGUUUGCCCGCCAGCUGGGGGCGCAUGAGUACAUCGACACCGAGAAGACGCCAGACGCCGGUGCCGCACUGCAGAGACUCGGCAGCGCCAAGCUGAUCGUGACGACGUCGCCCACGGGACAGGGUAUGCCGGACCUCCUGAAGGGUCUGGGCCUGCUAGGCAAGCUGCUGAUCCUCUCCGUGCCGGGCGAGAUCCCAAUAAACACAGGUGCCUUGCUGCGAUACGGUCUAUCUGUCCAAUCCUGGCCGUGUGGCCAUGCCACCGACUCCGAAGACGCCAUUCGUUUUACUGAGCUCGAGAACAUCGACUGCAUGAUUGAGAAGUUCCCGCUCUCAAAAGCUAAUGAGGCUUUCAACGCAAUGCUGGAGGGCAAGGUCCGCUUCAGGGCUGUCAUCACCAUGGAAUGA